UUUAUUUUUCUGUAUCGCGACGCUAGGUUUCACUUUCUGCACGGCGUCGUGCGUUGCUCGCUGCCCUUAAGUGUCUGGUUUCGCUUUCUUUCUGACACUUUUAUGGCAAACUAGCAUCAUGAGUCCGGCGCACAGCUGCACGAAUCUGUCACUGAUCGUCAACCAUCUCCUUCUUGUCUUCGUGAAUUCCCUGUCGUUAUCUCCGGAGGCCAGUACGAUGUAUCUUCCGGACCGCGAAGCUUCAGGUGGUCGUGCUACUGACAAAAACAAUGAGCUUUAUUACGGUGGCAGUGGAGGCUCAAGCAGAGGAUCUUCUCGGAGGAGCCAGGAGAUGAUCGCCAAGUCCUCGAGCAACCCUCAUGUCGCAGUCUCCGAGCGGCCGAAAGUAGAAACACUUUCACAAACACCGUUAUCAUCGCCUGCUUUGAAUGUAACGGUGCCACGUCGUGCAGAGGGCGAGUUAAGAGUGGCGGCUCACCACUCGAAGAAAUCCCAGAGUCUCAUCGCGGGGUUCGGAUUGCCCUACUACCCCGUCGCCGUGGGAUUUCGCAGGCUUUAUAUCGUCCCGUACCCGUGGGCGUACUACGCUGUCUAUCCUACUUCAUGGAGACCCCCUGUAACCCCAGUGAUCAACGUACCUGUAGUUGUGCACGUGCACCCGCAGAUCGUGCCAGUGCACGUUCCCACACUUGUCUCGAACGCGGGUGGUGGCGGCCUUGGCUUUGUACCUGGCGGUGACUCGGGAGUAGCAGGUUCAGGCAAUCCGACUGCCGAGGACGGCAUCGGUGUUGACUUUGUGCCUACCUAUCGCUGCGGCACAGUCAAGGCUGCUAACUGCCAAGGCUGAAGAUGUGGUUGCGGGCUCUGUUCCGAGAGAUACUGCCUACUUCAGAGUUUCAUAUGUCUAUUCCUAUUAAAUCAAUCCUCAAUGGGGCGCUUCAAUAGCGUCAGGGACGUUGAUAAAUAGAAAGGUGUUAUGCUGGAUACGGGAGAACCUUCAUGAAACUAGCA